CUUAUACGCCAUAGCUCGGCUCAUAACGAUCUAUGGGCAUGGAUGGUCCCAGCCGGAGCCUUGAUAUCGUCGGCUGGUCAGCCGGCCGGUCGUCACACGUUGGAUAUAGUCUGCCGAUAUUUCCGCAGGCUGUGUGUGAUGAACCCAGCUCAACCAGUGCCGCUGUCGAAUAUGGCGUGAAGUACUCACGAUGCAGAAACAACUCCAUCCUCUAGAUCCGUUGAGGCCAGAGGAAAUCUCGCGGGCCUCGCAAAUCCUCCGGCAAUCUCAACCAAAUGAGCACAUUGUUUUCAGGGUCAUUACUCUGCAGGAGCCGGCCAAGUCGGUACUGCUUCCGUACCUGGAAGCAGAGCACCUUCACCAACCUCUGCCACAGCGUCCACGCCGAGAAGCAAUGGUGCAAUUCUUUUCGGGCUCAUCUGAGAACUUUUACCAAGUCAUCAUUGAUUUGGAUCGUGCCAGCAUCGUUUCUGGGAAGGAUCUCCGGGGCUAUCACUCGUAUACCGAUUUUGAAGAGCAAACUCGUCUAGAGCAGUUGUGCCUAUUCGAUGAUCGGAUCUUGAAAGUGAUUGAGAAACUUGCGUUGCCUGAGGGCGCCGUCAUUAAUGUUGAACCUUGGACGUAUGCACCCGACGGGGUCGAGGAUGCCAUGCAGAGAUUGACUAUGUGUUACUUCUACAUGAGCCUUUCUUCCAACGCUGAUUCAAACCACUUUAUGUAUCCUCUCGAUUUCUGCGCCGAAGUAUCUGACGAUGGGAUCAAGAAGAUUUUCAAACUGCCUGGCACUGCCGAGGAGCGAGUGCAAGAACUCCGAGUCGAGGAUAUCAGGAGAUUUGAUCGCCGGAAGAUCCAUUCAGGCAGCGAGUACCAUCCUGCCCUGAAACAAGACCACCGGACCUCAACCAAACCAUACCAAGUUUGGCAACCAAAAGGACCUUCAUUCCGCGUGCAAGGUCAAGUGGUUGAGUGGGAAAAAUGGCGCUUCAGGGUGGGCUUCAAUUAUCGAGAAGGACUUACAUUACACGACAUUACUUAUGACAGCAGACGUCUGUUUUACCGAUUAUCUCUGUCGGAGAUGUUCGUACCUUACGGUGAUAGUCGAGCGCCGUAUCCUCGAAAGGCGGCUUUCGAUCUCGGCAAUAAUGGCGCUGGUUGUGACUGUCUGGGGCACAUCAAGUACUUCGACGCCUACCAUAACACUCUAAAGGGACAGCCAGUCGUUCUGCCAAAUGUCGUAUGCUGCCACGAAAUCGAUGAUGGCAUUCUCUGGAAGCAUACCAACUAUCGUACACAGAAUGCGGUUGUCACCAGGUCGAGGGUUCUUGUCUUACAGACCAUCAUCACUGUGGCGAAUUACGAAUAUAUUUUCGCAUUCCACUUCACUCAGGCGGCGAGCGUACGCUAUGAAGUCCGCGCAACAGGCAUUCUCUCCACCGCGCCAAUUGAAUUGAACGAACAAGUCCCUUACGGCAAGGUGGUCGCUCCUGGUGUCAUGGCACCCUACCACCAGCAUUUGUUUUCACUUCGUAUUGAUCCGUGGCUUGAUGGCCAGAAAAACUCAUUUGCUGUUUCCGAGUCAGUUCCCAUGGCCCUAGAUCCACACACCAACCCCUUCGGCGUCGGCUACACGACACGUUGCGACAUUAUCGAAUCCGAGUCAGCCCAUGACCUCGACAUCACAAAAGCACGCACAUUCCGCAUCAUCAAUGAGAACUCAAUCAAUCCCAUCUCGGGCCGACCUGUGGGUUACGACAUCGUGCCCAGCCCGGCCCAAAUGCUGCUGGCGCACCCGUCCUCGUUCCACAGCAGACGCUCUGAAUUCGCAGAUCACGCCUUCUGGGUGACUCGCCAUCAUGAUGGAGAGCUCUUCGCCGCUGGAGAUCAUACCAUGCAAUCUCAAGGAGGUCAGGGCAUCGCAUCAUGGAUCAAAGGAGAGAGGUCAGCGGGGCCUGCAGGGCAGCUAUAUCAUCGUCCAGGGCCCCUCAGCGUACGAGAUGAUGAUAUCGUGGUGUGGCACACCUUCGGCACCACCCACAAUCCACGGGUCGAGGAUUGGCCGGUCAUGCCAGAGGAGCGCAUGACGGUCACUCUGAAGCCGAACGACUUCUUCGAGCGCAACCCCAGUCUCGACGUGCAACCGAGCCGACAAGAAGACAACAAGAGCGUAUUGGUGGUGGAAGACUCUGAAUGUUGUGCAGACGCUCUGAAGUUUCGCUUGGGCGAAGGAAAGCUAUAA